AUGGGGGGCAGCGCCCGGAACCCAGGAGGCCUGGAAGGGGACGACGCCCCUGGCCAGUCGCCCUACCAGCGCCUGAGUCAGAGGAUGCUGGACAUUACCGGAGACCGGGGCGUGCUGAAGGACAUCAUCCGAGAGGGCACCGGGGACCUGGUGACACCUGACGCCUCGGUGCUAGUGAAAUAUUCUGGAUAUUUGGAGCACAUGGACAAGCCUUUCGAUUCUAAUUGUUUCAGGAAAACUCCGAGGCUAAUGAAACUUGGAGAAGACAUUACCCUUUGGGGUAUGGAACUGGGUCUUCUGAGCAUGCGGAGAGGGGAGGUGGCCAGGUUUCUGUUCAAACCAACCUAUGCCUAUGGAACGCUGGGCUGUCCUCCCCUGAUUCCCCCCAACACUACUGUCCUGUUCGAGAUUGAGCUGCUUGACUUCCUGGACUCAGCUGAGUCAGACAAGUUUUGUGCCCUUUCAGCUGAGCAGCAAGACCAAUUUCCUCUUCAGAAGGUACUCAAAGUGGCAACAACUGAAAGGGAGUUUGGCAAUUACCUUUUCCGCCAAAAUCGCUUCUAUGAUGCCAAAGUGAGGUAUAAACGGGCCUUGUUGCUUCUCCACCGGCGCCUGGCUCCCCCUGAAGAGCAGCACCUGGUGGAGGCGGCCAAGCUCCUUGUUCUCCUUAACCUGUCCUUUGCCUACCUGAAGCUAGACCGACCCACCAUGGCCCUGCGCUACGGAGAGCAGGCUCUGAUCAUUGACCAAAAGAAUGCCAAGGCCCUCUUCAGGUGUGGACAGGCUUGCCUCCUCCUGACCGAGUACCAGCAGGCCCGGGAUUUUCUAGUGCGAGCCCAGAAGGAACAGCCCUUCAACCAUGACAUUAAUAACGAGCUGAAGAAACUGGCCAGCUAUUACAGGGACUACACGGACAGAGAGAAGGAGAUGUGCCACCGGAUGUUUGCCCCUUGUGAGAACAGCUCCACAGCAGGAGAGCGCUGA